CCCUCUCAGCUGAAUAGAGGUCCCCGUCCUGCGGCCAAACAACAGACCGCUCCUGGUUCUGAGGGGAACACCCACCCACACCCACAAACACCCACCGGACAGGACUGGGACUUUCUUUCUACGUUCAGUUGUUUUUUUUUUUCUAAACUGCGCUGAGAAAUUCUUUCUUUCUCUUUUUUCCUCCCCGUCUGAAUCGCGAAGUAGAGGUUAACCCCAUCAGAUACUUUCUGCUUGUUAGCGUGGAUGUGAGUCUCCGUUUCUCUGCAGUCAGCACUAUGGAGGGCUGAUUCACCAGCUUUACACCUAACAGAUUGGAUAUCCCAUGUGUUGCUGCUGUUCAGACAGAUGAAAGGAUGGGGAUAUAAUUCUGGAUGAUAAGGUGAAGAAUUUCUUCAGCUGAACAGAGAACAUAAAUGACUGUUUGCCAUGCUACAUGGGAACUCCACCCUGGUCUUACUCUUCAUCCUCACCAUUUUUGCCACUGUCUAUGGUCGUUCCUACCCCUGUUUUUCCCGUAAUGACACUGAGUUCCAGCACCUGGUGCUCCACCCCGACCCCUCUGCGGGGACUGUGUACGUGGGGGCCAGGGACCACCUUUUCCAACUGGAUGGCUUAGAUGGACUGCGGUUGGAGCAAGAAGAGAGGACUGGACCUGUAAUCGACAGCAAAGAAUGCCUGCCCCCAGUCACCGACACCAAUUGUCCCCAAGCCAGAAGAACCAGUAAUCACAACAAAUUACUGCUGGUGGAUCCUAAAGCAUUGGAGUUGAUCACAUGUGGCAGCGUGCACCAGGGCACCUGCCAGAAACGUAGCCUGAGGUCAGUCAGAGAGGUUUUGUUCUCUACCGAGAGGCCUGUGGAUACCCAGUAUGUUGCAGCCAAUGAUCCAUCAGUGUCAACAGUUGGUUUGGUAGUGCGGCCAAGUGGCGGAGAUAGAACUGUGAUGUAUGUUGGUCGGGGCUAUACCGCCAGCCACCCACCUAUCUCCACACGCCACCUUUCAUUAAAACCCAUCUUUUCCUAUGAAGAGACAGCUAAGCUAGCUGUGGCUGGGCGUCUUUCGGAGUAUGAUCAUCAUUUUGUGACAGCGUUCACACGGGGCACGUACGUGUACUUCUUAUUUUACCGCCGUGACAUCAAGUCACCAUCAAGGGACUACCGGACAUAUGUCGCCAGAGUGUGCAUGGAAGACACUUCCUACUAUUCAUAUGUGGAAAUUCCUCUUGUCUGCCUAUCACAGUCCCAUUCACAUAGGAGUUACAAUCUGCUCCAGGCAGCCCAGGUGGGACACGGGCCGGGUCUGCAGGGCGAGGAUCUGCUAGGAGUCUUUUCCACCAGCACCAGCCCCACAAACGACGAUCCCUCACAUGAGUCAGCUCUGUGCAUUUUCUCUCUACACGAGCUGGACAGAUACAUCAACUCAACCCGUGACCUCUGCUACACCAAAGAUGGGCGGGGGGAGGGAACAGGAGAGGCCUACAUAGAAUACGAGGUCAAGUCCAGCUGUGCCAACCUGCCCGUGAAUACCCUGAAGGCAUAUCCCUGCGGCUCCGACCACACCCCAAGUCCAAUGGCAAACAGGGAACCGCUGAAAGCUAAACCCGUAUGGCACACCUCAUCUGCCCGUCUCACCGCCGUGGCAGUCAGUGUCAGGGAUGGACAUAGCAUCGCAUUCCUGGGAGACUCCAAAGGGACCCUUCACAAGGUUUAUCUUGGCCGAGAUGGCACUGUGGAGGUAUACGAGAACACAACGAUCCACCCCAACUCUCCCAUCAACAGUGAUCUUUUGUUGGAUCAGAAUGGAGGACAUAUCUACAUCAUGACCAAAACCACGGUAGAGAAACGUCCAGUGGCAGAAUGUGGGGAUCACUUAGACUGUCAGUCCUGUCUGUCUGCCAGAGACCCCUAUUGUGGCUGGUGUGUCCUGGAGGGACGCUGUGGUCAGCGGUGGGAGUGCCAGCGAGGAUCUGAGCAGGGUCACUGGUUGUGGAGUUUCAACCAGACACAGCAGUGUCUCAGUAUCCAGCACCUCAGCCUCUACAAUAUCAGCCGUGGAGAGGAAACUGAUAUUACAGUGUCAGUAGAAGGCCUACCCAGUCUACAACAAGGCGAGGCCUACUCUUGCUUCUUCCAGUAUACAGAAACACCGGCCUUGCUCACUACUGCUGGUGUGAUAUGUUCCACCCCUGAUGCCAGCAGUCUGCCCCCCAUUAGCCAUGGAGAUGACUUUGUAAUGGUUACCUUAUCGCUGCGCUUCAUAAAUGUCACGGUAGCAGAGACAGAAUUCACCUUCUACAACUGCAGCUUGGUGCAGCAGCUGUCUGGACGCAGGCCAUGCCAAGGGUGUAUCAGCAGUCGUUGGGGGUGUAACUGGUGUAUCCACCAGCAUGUCUGCACACAUAAACAUGUCUGCACAGAAGGAGUGACUAUCUACAACCAAAAUUUCAAACCUCCAACCCCCACCACACCAACACCCAGCAGAAAACUGACCCCUCCACCUCCUACUGUCCCGACUGCUACAACAACAACUACUGCAACAACACAGCCACCACCCACAGAGACAUCUGCUCCCACCACUACAGCUGUCCCCACCACUACAAUCAAAGUAAUGCCACCAACAACCCCCAAUGCUGACUCCAUCACACCUAUUGGCCUCCCUACAACUUCUCCCUCUGUCAGGACCUCCACCCGGGUCCCUACGGAGCACACUGAGGUCACCACCAUAGGCUUCUCCGAUGUGGGAAGAACAACAAAGGGUACUGAUGAACCUACCAGAGGUUUUUCAAAGGAUCAGCUCACUGAUAGCUUAAAUAUCACACAAAGACACACAGUCACUACAUUACCCAGCAGCACUAGUCACCACACAGACUCUCAUUCUUUUGAACCAUCUGGUGGAUCUUCCUCUGAAAUGAGCAUGAGCGCUUCCAGUGAAGUAACCCUUUUAUCAGACCCGAGAGAUUCCAAAACUCAAGAGAAUGACUCACCACUGUGGCUGAACAGGACGACGAACCCAGAGAGUGAGGUGGUCUCAACAAGUUCAUCUGUCAUUCCGACAUUUGUAUUGACACAAUCACCUGAAACAGAUAUUGACCUCAGCUUUGAUUCUGGAGAGAACUCCCAAUCUGAUUCUACAAUUGACUCUUAUUUUCUGGAAUGCCCGUGUGUGGAGAAAGUUCAGGAUUCUCCUCUUCUCCCUGUCAAUGUUGAGCGGAAGAUCACUCUGGUGGGACAAUACCUAAACCUGUUUCAGGAUGAAGAUUUAAACUACGAAUGUGUACUGGACAUUGAGAAUAAGUCAGUGGUAGUGGAUGCCUCAGUGCAGCCGGAUACUGCAAAGCCAUCAGUCUUCUUUAUCACCUGCCAACCGCAUCAGUAUGUGUACUCAGUCUCGCUGGAGGAAUACCCAACCACAAUCAAUGUGAGGAGAAAAAACAACUUCCUCAUUGACAGCGCUGAGGAUCUGUAUGUGACUCUGUUCAAUUGUUCGGUGGGGCGGUCAGACUGCAGCCGGUGUCGCACAGCUGACCCCAAGUAUGGCUGCGUUUGGUGUGGUGGGGCCAGCAGUUCUCACUGUGUGUACCAAGACUCCUGCACCGAUGAGAUCAAGCACACCUGCCCAGCACCAGUCAUCCACUUUCUGGACCCAGUAUCCGGUCCCGUCGAGGGAGGGACAGUGGUGACCAUUUCAGGCUCCAACCUUGGUCAGAGAGCCGAAGACAUCCAGGGCUCAGUCACAGUGGCAGGUGUUCCUUGCAAUGUGAUCCACAGCAGAUAUGAAGUCUCCUCAAGGAUAGUAUGUGAAACUACAAGCAGUGGAGGGGAGAAGAGUGAACAGGCCUCAGUCAAAGUGAUGGGAGGAGGAGUCGGGCUGUCAGCUCAGUGUUUCCACUUCCAGAAUCCCGUGCUAAGCAGCAUCUUCCCCCACAGAGGGCCCAAAGCAGGCGGCUCCUCUCUCACCAUUACAGGCCAAGCACUGAGGACAGGACACCUAAACGAAGUCAGCGUCUUAAUUGGAGGAAUACCGUGUGAUGUGCGCGACAUCCAGAAGGAUCACAUCAGCUGUCUGACCCGAGGCAGCAACAGGACGGGAGAACACGGCAUCACUGUGCGGUUUGGUGGUGCAGAGCGCCACCUGAAGGGCUCGGUGUAUCAUUACACCCCCAACCCAAACAUCACCAAGGCUGCUCCGUCCAAAAGCUUUCUCAGUGGAGGCAGAAUCAUCACAGUUUCUGGUCAGAACCUGGAUGUGGUCCAGGAGCCAAAAAUGAGGGUUACCCUCAGUCCUCGUGACACUCUCCCUCCCAGGAGGCGGAGAAGUGUGGUUAAGAAGAAAGAAGGAAGCCUGAACCGAGGACAGGAUCACCAAGGUCCGCUGAAGAGAUGGAGGAGGAUUGUUCCAGAGGCGGACUGCCCUGAGGGGACGCUCUGCCGUGUCAAACAGUACGAGUCUCGCUGCACGGUGAACAGCUCCUCCCUCAUCUUGUGCCCGACCCCGGCCGUGGGCCCAGAGGCCAUUAAUGCAAGGGUCAAAGUUCACUUCCUGUUGGACAGCCUUCAUUUUGACUUCAACACCGUGGGUAAGGAAGCCUUUAGGUAUGAGCUCAACCCCACGCUCUACAAGCUGAACCGGAAUGAUCCAAGCAAGCCGUACCAUCACAAACCCGGCAGCAUCAUCUCUGUCGAGGUGAGUUACGGGAACCUCGAGCUCGAAAUAAACUGGCACCACUUUCUUUCUGCUCAAGACUGUGUUAAACAAACAAUCUCACAGUGUUGUUGAAGUCAGUCUGAAAAAAUAAAAUAAAAUAAAACGCCAACAAUGAAUAGAAAACACAACAACAUGCCACUUUAUGGAAGAAGUACAGUGAAAAUGGGAAAUCUGAACUUUUCUCUGGGCAGAGUAGAGUACGACAGCCAGACACAGUCUACAUUUCCUCAAGAGGCUCAGGUGGGAGUCGGUGUUGGAGCAUCCAUAGUGGCUCUCAUUGUGCUCAUCAUAGUGCUCAUAUACAGGAGAAAGAGCAAACAGGCCAUGAGGGACUAUAAAAAAGUCCAGAUCCAGCUGGAGAACCUGGAGACCAGUGUCAGAGACCGCUGUAAGAAGGAGUUCACAGACUUGAUGACAGAGAUGAUGGACAUGUCCAGUGAUUUGGUGGGCUCUGGGAUUCCCUUCCUGGAUUACCGAACGUAUGCUGAGCGUAUUUUCUUCCCGGGGCACCAGGAGUCCCCACUGAGACGAGAUCUGGAUGUCCCAGAGAGUCGAAGGCAAACGGUUGAGCAAGGGCUGAUUCAGUUGUCCAAUCUGCUGAACAGUAAACUUUUUCUCACUAAGUUUAUUCACACUCUCGAGGUGCAGCGGACCUUCUCCCCCAGGGACCGGGCCUACGUGGCCUCUCUGCUGACUGUCGCUCUGCACGGUAAACUCGAGUACUUCACAGACAUCCUGAAGACGUUGCUCAAUGAUCUAGUGGAACAGUAUGUGGCCAAGAACCCCAAACUGAUGCUGAGGAGAACUGAAUCAGUUGUUGAGAAGCUGCUGACAAACUGGAUGUCCAUUUGUCUCUUCACGUUUCUGAGGGAAUCAGCAGGGGAAUCUUUCUACAUGCUGUUCAGAGCAAUAAAGCACCAGGUGGAUAAGGGACCUGUGGACGCUGUGACUGGAAAAGCCAAGUACACACUUAACGACAACCGACUCCUGCGAGAGGACGUGGAGUACCGCACACUGACUCUAAAUGUGGUGAUGCCAGCUGCAGCUGCCAGCGGCGGCACCACAGCGCAGACGGUUCCCGCUAAGGUGCUGGACUGCGACACCAUCACACAAGUAAAAGAGAAACUUCUGGAACAAACCUGGAAGGGAACAUCUUUUUCUCAGCGGCCGCACAUCGACUCGUUACAUCUCGAGUGGCGUGCAGGUGUUGCAGGUCACCUAAUCCUAUCAGAUGAAGACCUGACAUCAGUAGUGCAAGGUUCAUGGAAGCGCCUUAAUACACUGCAGCACUACAAGGUCCCCGACGGAGCGACAGUGGCCCUUGUUCCCAGAAACAACAAACAUCACCUUCACGACAGCCACGAUUACAUGCCAGGAGAGAAGACCCCUAUGCUGGAUGAUGGGGAAGAAGGAGGCGUGAGACUGUGGCAUCUGGUAAAAGCCAGCGAGGAGUCUGAGCUGCCCAAGCACAGGAGAGGUAGUGUGAGGGAGAAGGGUGGGGAGCGAGCCAAAGCGAUCCCCGAGAUCUACCUCACACGCCUGCUCUCCAUGAAGGGCACUCUGCAGAAGUUUGUGGAUGAUUUAUUCACCGCCAUCCUCAGCACCAGCCGUCCUGUACCUCUAGCUGUCAAAUACUUUUUCGACUUGUUGGAUGAGCAGGCUCAGCAGCACAACAUCAUGGACCCGGAGACCAUCCACAUCUGGAAAACCAACAGCUUGCCACUGCGGUUCUGGAUCAAUAUCCUGAAGAACCCGCAGUUCAUCUUUGAUGUGCAGACGUCAGACCACGUGGAUGCUGUGCUGUCUGUCAUAGCUCAGACCUUUAUGGAUUCUUGCACCAUAGCUGACCAUAAACUGGGACGGGACUCUCCUAUCAACAAGUUGCUGUAUGCCAGAGACAUCCCCCGCUACAAGCAGAUGGUGGAGAGGUACUACGCAGACAUCCGUCAGACCAUCUCUGCCAGUGACCAGGAGAUGAACUCGGCCCUAGCAGAACUCUCUCGUAAUUACACUGCUGAGGUCAACUGCCUCGUGGCUUUACAUGAACUUUACAAGUACAUCAACAAAUACUACGAUCAGAUUAUCACAGCUCUGGAAGAGGACUGCACGGCUCAGAAGAUGCAGCUUGGAUACAGGCUCCAACAGAUAGCAGCUGCCGUUGAAAACAAGGUUACAGACCUAUGAUUUCCACGGCUGGGAUAGACAUUUGUGGAAAGUAACUUUCUUUGACAUCUCCUUGGAAAAAAAGAAAACAAAAAGAAAACGUUUUUUCCCCCUAAGAAAAAGGACUAUUUGGUCACAUACUGUGAUUCUGCUGUCAUUUUGACAGACUAAUUGUUAGUGAGGUGAGAGAUGCUCAUUGACACUGACCAUGUUUCCUGUGCUGAAUCGGUGUGCACAAUUACACUCCUCUUUUGUCUCAUUUUGGGAGCAAAAAGAGCGCCACAUCGCUGAGGAGGGGGAAAAUGUGAAACCGAGCACAUCAAAACAAAGGAAUUUCUUCUGAACCUUGGAUUUCUGAUGUUUAAGUCACCUAAAGGGAAAUUAAUAACAAAACAAAAGAGAUCUUUUGGGGGGGGGGUUCCUCUUUCUUGAUGGACAUUUUUCAGAGUUACUGCACAGAACAUUCCUGCCCCGAGUUUAAAUGUAGAUUUGUUGGAGAAAAAAGAAAAUCUAAGUGUGCUGGAAGACAAAAUAAAGUGGCAAAAGGGAAAAGGAGGAUUUGACCUUAAACACCAACAGCUUUGGAGUUUUCUACCAUGUUUUCUCAAAGUCUUACAAUUUGAUAAUGACACUGUCAGUGGUCUAAGUUAUCACGUAUUGAAUCUGAAGUAUGUUUUCCUUCUGUUUUUACCUUCCUGAGAUCAACCUUCCAAGUCUUACUCUGUUGUCAUGUUCAGUUAGCUGUUAUUGGAUGGUUUACCUGGGUAUAUUUCAUUUUUUAAGCUCGUCAUUACCAGUUCUUUUACUGUAAUUUGUAGCUGCUGCCUAAUUUAGUUUAAAGCCAAGACUAAUGUUUUAUAAAAGCUCUCAAUCUGCUUUUUUUUAAAAAAGAUAACCUACAGCCUGGGGAAUUUUCUUUUUUAGGUAACGUUUCACAAAUUUUGUUGCAUUUUGCAAUCUUUGCUUUUAUAUGCAGACGCAAAGCAGUUUGACAAAGACAUUUGUAGCUGACUUAAGAACAAUCCGUCCGAAAGUCAAAGCUUCUACACAAGUUAAACUACAUGCAGCAAAAUUCAUACAAGAUCAAACCCGAACUUAACUAAUAAAAGCAAAAAUAUUAAAAAUAAAAUGCACAAAAGAACUGAGGAACACUUUUAGAAAUGUCAAAUACUGGGGACAUUUACUUUUGAUUUUAAAGGUGUCUCAUAGGUUGUUAUAGAGAAGCAAAACAAAUAAAAUGUGGAAUAAACUCAAUGAAUACUUGAUUUGUACACUAAACUAUGAUGAAAUCAUUUUCCCUUUAAAGUCAGGUUGAAUCUAACACAAGUUUUCUAGGGUCACUGUCUAAAGUACACAAUUAAAUAAAAUUAUUUAUGUAUUCUUUCUCACUCUGGCCCAUCCUGCAUAGAUCAGCUGAUUGUUGCGUCUGCCGUUCCAAACACGUUGCCAACCCUUAGAGUGCCCUCGGGUCACCAAUCGAUACACUGUCACCACAUAAAAUAGUAGAAAGGUGUUUCUCCCAUCUCUGUUUUACUUACUUACUUUUUAAUUUCCAUUUAUUGGCCAUUAUAAAUCCUGACACCAACAAAUCUGUAAAUAGCUAAUAUUGGCUAACGACAUCAGCUCGUUGAUAAAUUGGUUGGGCUCUACUUUAUAUAUAUUUUCAGAAAGACCUGUUUUUUCUUCUCUGUGGUCACAUGACCACUGCUUAAAUUCAUUGUUUCAGGAAAAAUAUGUUUUCGCUGAAUCUUGUUACGCUGAUGAAGCAGCGUCAGUGUAUGUGUAAUUUUUUUUCCUUUACAAAAAGGGGGAAAAAAGCUCAUCUCUGAGACUUAUAUCACACAUUGUAAUUGCCUAACAAAGGUGCCUGUUGCUCUGCCACGCCUCAUGCGAGAAUCCUUUUAUUUCCCCAGUUUAAUUUAUUGUUUAUUUAUUUUAUUGCAUAUGUUGUUGGAUUUUUCCAUACAGAUCUAUGAAACAUUUAUUCCCAUCACAUUCAGAUGUUUUUUGGUUUGGUUUUUUUUGUACAUCGAGUUGGAUUUGAGUAGUUUCAAACUUCAAACUCAAAUCCAGUUGUUCUCAGAUGCUGAUUAUUUUUGAACAUUUUGGACCCAUUUUAAAUGUUUCAAGGCAGUUAUCUUGUAAAUUUAAAAAAGCAAACAAACAGGAUUUUUUGUUUUUACCAUGCGCAUUGUUGUUGCUUGUGUAAGCAAAGCUCAGUUCUGAUGUUUGUUCUGUACAUACUUUUCCUAAGUAAUCAUGACUUUAGCGUUCUCUAACCAACUGAUAGGAUGAACCUAACAACAGUUUAAUGUGAUGCAAUAAACAGGUCCAGAUGUUAACAGAA